GUUAUCUACUCCCAAUACAAUAUGAUGAUGUUCAUGCGUAUAUUAUUUCUAUAAAAUGUAACUUGUGCCUGAAAGCAGAUAUACCAAAUAUAUCUGAAGCUAUCGAGCAUAGCUAAGUCGGAUCUGCGCCAUCCCGUACCCCGAUAUCAAAAGAAAGAUUUCAUGUUCACGUUCUACCUUUACUUUUGGAGCACAAACCAUUCGAACGAACCUGGACGUGAAUUGAUUCACGGCGCUCCAGGUAUUAACACUUCUUUUCAUAUAUCGCUUUUCCUCAUCCGCAUUGUGGCACCUCGCAACUCCAACCUCAUUGAGAAUCACGAUUGUUGUUCUCGUCUAUAGAUUUUCAGGCAGCACGUUGCACAACGCCUUGUCUUCCUAGUCGAAUAUAUUAUACUCGUUUCAAUCUCCAUCUUCUUUAACGCCACAUACGAAAAUUACCGGUUUCCCUCCUCUCUUCCUACCAUUUCGUUUCCUUUUCUACCCUCUACCGGUAUGGUGGUAAAGUUUACUUCUAGGUUAUCUAGCCAACACGAUUACAGGCUUGACCAUCAAACGCAUGUUUUACCAUUUGUUUGGCUUGAAUCAACGCGGAUUGCCUGCGUAAAUACCCGCAUAUAAUAACUUUAUCACUUCACUCUUUCCCCCCAAAAGGAGUGCUGACGAGGAAAGAUGGCCCGACGUAAAGUAAAGGGAAGAGGAAAGGGGAAAGCGAUCGCAACGGAGAUAGAAACAUCCGACGAAGAGAACAUUGCUGAUAGCUCUCCCCCACAACCGUCUUCUGGUUCUUCCUCAAGAUCCCGAUCCCCAAACGAAGAGCGAAGACGUCGUAAGAGAAAGCUACAGGAGGAGAAACUUGCAUCGUUGUUUUUAUCUGAAGCUCCUGCCCCAGCCACUAUCACCGACGGGCCUCCUUCUUAUAUCGACGCCCCCGCCUACCGUCGCUACAUGAACAAGGCUGGAAUGGAAACGGAAGGGGAAUUCAUCACUGAACUAUCAUACGAGUCCCCCGAUAACUCACCACCCUUUCCAAACCAAAAUCAAGCCUUCGCACCGUGGGAAAAUUCAGAAAUAUCGCAACUAAGAACCCACCCCCGCAGCCACCGCUCCUACACCUCAUCAGUCGCCAUGGCCGACACACCAAGCACCCAAGAAACCUCUUCAUCUCCCGACACCGAGGACCCAAUGGACACCUCCGAAGCCUCACCCUCAUCCACACUUUCAGAUUCUUCAUCUUCAAUAUCGCUCUCCCCAUCCAACUCCGACAACGACCAAGAAACUUACAACAACAACUACUAUACACCGCAAGACGCAGACGCAGAUAUCGAUCUCGAAGACGUGAUCCCAACUGUCCCGUGCCCAUGCGAUUGCCACGCAGACACCGCUAACAGCGAAGGACGGCCUUUUAUCGCCUUUUCGAAUGCGGCGUAUAUUGUGUGUCCGAUGUGUUGGGUCGAUGCGUAUAUGCACGCGCAUGGGGAUGAGAAGCGUGGGGUGGAUUGUGAUCGGUAUUUAAGGGGGAGGGGGAAGGAUCCGAAGAUUGCUGCUUCUAAGCAGUGUUGAGUUGCGUUAUAGAAAGGACUGGAGGGGGGAAAGGGGUUGGUGAGGAAUGAGGAGGGAUCGGAACUAAAAGGAGUGUUGCACUGGUUAUUCGCAAGUGAGUUUUUUUCGAGGGGUAUAAGGGGGAAAGCCUACCGGUUAGCCGCAGAAGGCAAGAAAAGGGACUCAAAGCUAUCAGGCCGUCAGUCCUAAAGACGAGAAGGAAAAGUUGUGGACUACACCACACAGGUGUGUUUUCUAUGAGAAUCAAAAGUUAAACGAUUCUAGUCACCGCAAAUCCAAAUAUCAAAG